AUGGAUGUUAACGGCAUUGUCACCGUAAACGUCAGUGGAACUAGGUUUGAAAUAUCAAAGGACACGUGGUUGAGCAUCGAAAGAAAACUUCAUGAAACUCACGGAGCAGAGGAAGCGUCUAAAUUAUAUACAAGAUUACAUAACGAAUAUUUCUUUGAAAGACAUCCAGUAUGUUUUUCUGUGGUAUUGGGGUACUUUCAAAAUAGAGGACUACACAUGCCAGGAUCAAUAUGCCCCAUGGAGUUUAAAGAAGAAUUGCUGUUUUGGGGAAUCGAUGCGGAAAAGAUGUCAAAUUGCUGCUACAGUAGAUUUGUAGGAUUUUUUGAUGACCAAAAAAUGUUGACUAUGCUGGAUACUGACCAAUCUAACCGAAUAAACGAAAGGAUUUAUCUGGAUCGCCGACGACGUGCAAAGGACUGGGGAGCAGUACAGGCGACAGUCUGGAGCAUCAUGGAGGAACCGUCAUCUGGACAGCUGGCUAAGACUGAAUUGAAAGAGCAAUUUCGAAUGGCGAGUAAAGGCGGAAAUCAAGAUGAGGCCUUUACGUAA